UGAAUUUAGUUAGUCGUAUAUUGGCCUUCUUGGUAGAUAAAAGUGUCCGUACUGUGUUAGAUUCGCAUGCGAACAAAUGCGGUGAUUUCUAACUGGGUUUGCGAACUUAAUACAAAAUGAAGUUGACAGUACUAACUGUGUUUAUUUGCAUUUAUUUAAAAUCUGUGUCAUCACUAUUUUGUUACUGGAAUACUGGGUGUCCGUAUAAAUAUUUUUCGAGUAAAACACCGUACAAUGCAGUGAGAGGUGACAUAAGGGAUUCUGUUGCUAAGCUUAAAGGCUGCGAACCUGUUAGCAUAUGGGGGCUGUUCAGACAUGGAAAGAGAAAUCCGGGAAUUGAUUUUGGUAAGAGUAUGAGGGAUGCUCUUAUUAUAAAAGAUUAUGUCAUUGCAAGUUACAUGAACGGUAACAGCUCUCUCUGUGCUCAGGACAUACAAAACUUGAGAAACUAUGUUAUUGAUGAUGAGAUGUUUAAUAAAGUACAUCAAUUAUCUGAUGAAGGAUACCAAGACAUGGUUGCAAUUGGAAGUAGGUUAAAGGAAGCGUAUCCGAAAUUUUUAAGCAAUCUUGAGAAGGGAAGCUAUACAUUUAGAUCAGCUUUUGGAAAUUGGAUGGAGAAAAGUUGUAAAGGAUUUGUCAGCGGCUUACAAGAAAUUUUAGACGUUGAACCAGCUACUACUGAUUUUGAUAUUAUAGCCCCUUAUACUACCUGUGGCAAAUAUCAAAGAGAUAUUAAAAAAAAUCUCGAUACGUAUGCUGAGACUUUCAAAUACCAAGAAACAUCAGAGUUCCUCGCUGCAAAAGAUAGAAUUCAAAGGAGACUCGGUAUCGACUAUAUUCUGACUAAUGACAAUAUAACUUCGCUGUACGAUAUAUGUCGUUAUACAAGUUCAGACAAAAUGAGCCCUUGGUGUGCAAUGUUUACAACUGAAGACUUAAAAGUACUGGAAUACAUUGGUGACUUAAGACAUUAUUAUAGAAAUGGUUACGGUAAUUCGAUAAACCAGGUAUUGGGGCAAAUCCCGUUGACAGAUUUACUAAAAAGCUUUCAACUAGCCAAGGCAGGCAACGGAAAGAAAAUCGUGUCUUAUUUCACACACGCGACAAUGAUAGACAUGGUUUACACAAGUCUUAAUCUUUUUAAAGAUGACAUACCACUGACUGCAGCACAUAGAAGCCCAGAAAGGAAAUGGAGGUCUAGUAAAUUUUCUGUCUUUUCCGCUAAUUUAAUGGCUGUACUAAACAGAUGCGGCCAUGAUGACAUGACCGAGUAUAAAGUAGUGUUUUAUUUGAACGAGGAGCCCUUGAUUCCAUUGUGCAAGGAGGGAGUCUGCACUUGGGAAGAAUUUGAGGAUAUGCUCAAAACUAUGAGCGUCAAUACCGACAUCUGCGAAUUUAAAUCGGUGCCAUAUAUCUAAGUAGCUCAAUCUAGGUUUAAAUAAUGAUUUGCUUAGGAAUGUUAUUUAGUCAAAAUUAACACAAUACCUAUGAUAUAACAAUUGUUGUAUUUUUAUGUAACAGAAAAAUGAGACUUUUAUUUAUUUUUCUUUUAUUGUAUUGCAAUAUUGUAAAUUAAAAGUAGUGUAAUUCUUGCUAGUGUUACUACGGUAUAAUCCGUUUUAUAUGACUCGGUAUACUUACUAAACGCCUAUUAUGACGAAACUAUUGCAUUAGUUUGGUUUCACAAAACAAUAUUAAAAAAUAACGAAUAAAAUGGCUUUUAAUGAAUGUUCAUAUUGACAUAUGGUUUACAAUGAUCUAUUUUUAAGGAAAUAUGCCCCGUUUUAGUAACCAAUAGAUCGACCGACCAUCCUCUGUGAUGUGCGCAUCGCGUGUUGGCACGGUUUGUUCAAAUCUUACUAUAGACUUAAUGACAUAGUUCCUAAAUGUUCUGGACAUGAAAAGAUAUCACGAAUAAAUCUUUAUGCUUUGUAUGAGGAUCGUUUAACAUGAAGUGAUUUUGAUUUCCCUUUAAGGCCAUUGUAAGCGGAUUCUACUGUAUUUGGUACAGUUCCUUGUUUUAUACCAUGCCAAGCUUUAAUUACUGCAAUUAAGGGCUCCUUUCAUAUAUUUAUACAUAGCUUAUUCUCUACACAAAAUACUUAAUAAAAUGUUAUAGAAAUUUUAUAUAAUUAUAAUAAUAUACGUACAUAUUUUUAUUACUAUAUCAAAGUGAUAAAUUAUUGAUCAAUCGGUGCUAUUUUUAAUGAAUACCUAAAGGUUUUUUUAAUAUAUAAUUUUAUAGCAACAUUAAUAAAGCGAUUUGAUAAUU